AGCACCAGCACCAAUCUCGCCGCCUUUGAAAGGACUGACAUAGCUGUGCCCUCCAAGAACCACAUAAAUGAAAAAAAGGUCGACAAUUUAAAAAGGCUUGCAAAUCGUAUUUAUGAGGCUUCAAACAUUAGCAUGCUCAAAUUCGUGAAAACUUUGGAAGAACAACAGGAAUCGAUGCAGCAAAAUUUCGCUUUGAACACACAACAGAAAGAAGAACUUGCAAAAGAGCUGGAAAAGAUCAAAAGAAAAACUGUUGAUAAAGUGCAACCAAUGGGAGACUCGAUCGAGGAAAUCAACAGAAGGAGUGGAGUAGCAGACGCACUGUUCCAAGGAGAUAUAAUCCUUUCCAGAGAACAACAGGAACAACUUGCUGCUGAUAUCGGCCAAAGUCGUUCCAAACGGCAGGCAUACAAUGACAAAACUUAUCCUGGUAGAAGAUGGUCAGACGGAGUUCUGUACUACCUCGACCCGGAACUAACUGAGCAGGCCCGAAUGGCCUUCAAGAAAGCAGCACAAUUAUGGAUGGACGAUACGUGUAUUGACUUUAGCGAAUAUGAAGAGCAGGGAAACGAGCACGAGGGUGCCAACGAAGAUUUAAAGGAAGAAUAUAGAGAAGAAAAGGAAGAAGUGCAAUUA